AUGUUUAAAAACUUUAUUCAUGAGGAAGCUGAAAAGCUCUUCCCAGCUCUUAAGGAAAGUGGACUAGAGAACAUCGUCUUUGAGAUUCGAGACAAGCUUGACCGUACAGAGUUCCACAUUGCUGUAACAGGAGAAGCAGGUACGGGCAAGUCGGCCUUCAUAAAUGCUAUUCGAGGUGUAAAAUCCGGUGAUCCUGGAGCAGCGGAAGAGGGUAUAACGGAGCAAACCUUGGAACUGAUGUCUUACUUGCAUCCAACUCUUCCUUCUGUCUAUUUAUGGGAUCUCCCAGGAGUUGGCACACCUCAGUUCCAAAUCAAGGAAUACCUCAAGACAUUUAAUUUUAAAAAAUAUCACUUCUUUCUUUUAAUAACCGGAAACAGGUUUAAGGAGAAUGAUGGAUGUCUUGUCAAAGAGAUCAACAGAAUGAAUAAGGACUUGUAUCUCAUUCGCAGCAAAGUAGAUAUCGAUGAAUAUGUUCUUAAAUUGAAUGGUGUUUACAGCAAAAGAGAGAAGGAACUCAAAAAAAUCAAAAAGUAUUGCUUUAAACGUUUGGUGGAAAAUGGAGUGGAGAAUCCUCGCGUCUUUCUUGUGUCGAGCUACCGCGUGAACGAUUUUGAUUUUAAGGAGCUGUGCAAAGCUCUUGAAUUGGAACUACCAAAAAGAAAAAGAGAGAUCUUCUCCCACCUUAUUUCUGAGACCGCAGAGCACCUGAUUGAUACGAAACAGACUACCCUGAAAGGAAUGAUCCCACUGUUUGCUUCGAUGGCUUCUAAAGGAGGCGAGACUCCAAUUCCUGGGACGUCCUGUGUGUAUAAUAUGGCUGCUGUUGUGGAAGCCCUUUUGCUAAUCCGUAGGUAUAUGGGUCUGGAUGAUGAGUCUCUGGACCAACUUGCAGAUAAAGUCGGGAAAUGUGCAAAAGUUUUAAAGGCAGAAGUAAAACAUCCUUUAGUGUUGGACAUUAGCCCAACUUCUGUUCAGACCAUUUUUGCUUCAAAAAAUAGGUAUAAUGUCUUGCAAGGCUUCUUUCGUUUUAUUUUCAUUCCUCCUUGCUCUUUUGAUAUUAUCCAUCAGAUGCUGGAGAGAGUUGUGAAGGAAUUUGCCGAGUCUGCGUUGAAUGUGGUAAAGGAAGCUGUUUAG